CAAAAAACGGCAAACCCAGUUAGCUAAAAACCCAAUUUCAUUUCCUUUUAUCUUCUCGUCUUCUCAACUAAGGUGCGCCUUCUUCACCGGCGGGAAUAAUUUCUGGUGUGACUACACGCAAGCAAAAAAGGUUCAGGAACGUAAUCCACACUUACUUUGUUAUAUUGCAAUGCUGAAAUGGUGUCUGCGGUUUCAUAUUCAUACUGAGAGAGGUUUUCAUCUUCAGAAUAUGAAGGUCAUUAGUUAUAACCGCAACAUUAAUCCCAGUUUUUUGCUCAUAAAUCAUGAAUUGCCUUCCAACACGUUCCAUCGACCCCGGUUAAUAUCCACUUCAGCUCCAAGUAUUUCAAGUUUCAAUAUGAGGAAAAAUGACUUGAUGAUGAGAUUACCGUGCUGCUUUGCUACGAGAGCUGCUCUUUCAUCUUCAGUGAAGACAGACACUUACAGUGGAAGUAAGAAACAAAAGAGCUCAUCUUUCUACACUCAUCCUAGUUUAUUAGAGAUGAAGAAUGAGAAGGCAGCCAACCGUGUACGUGUUUAUGAAUUCUUGAGAAGCAUUGGCAUUGUACCUGAUGAGCUCGAUGGAUUAGAGCUUCCUGUGACUGUGGAGGUCAUGAGAGAACGCGUGGACUUUCUUCACAAAUUGGGACUCACUAUUGAAGAUAUUAACAACUAUCCUCUUGUUCUGGGAUGCAGUGUGAAGAAAAACAUGAUUCCUGUGCUUGAUUAUCUGGGCAAAUUGGGUGUUAGAAAAUCCACCUUGACAGACUUUUUGCGGCGGUACCCACAAGUUCUACAUGCAAGUGUGGUGGUAGACCUUGCUCCAGUUGUGAAAUAUCUUCAAGGCAUGGAUAUUAAACCAAAUGAUAUUCCACGAGUACUGGAGAAAUAUCCUGAAGUGUUGGGGUUCAAGCUUGAGGGCACAAUGAGUACAUCAGUUGCUUAUUUAGUAGGAAUUGGAGUGGCAAGAAGAGAAAUUGGUGGGCUUCUCACUAGAUAUCCUGAGAUAUUAGGGAUGCGAGUAGGUCGGGUAAUUAAACCAUUUGUAGAAUAUCUGGAAGUCUUGGGAAUUCCGAGGCUAGCUGUGGCUAGAUUGAUUGAGAAGCAUCCACACAUUCUUGGGUUUGGACUACAAGAAAGGGUAAAACCAAACAUUCAAUCCCUUUUAAAGUUUCAUGUGAGGGAAACCACACUUCCUUCAGUAAUUGCACAAUAUCCCGAGAUCUUAGGAAUCGACAUGGAGGCAAAGCUUCCUAGUCAACAAGAAUUUCUCAAUUCAAUAAUUGGAUCUACCCAUGAAGAUUUUGGCCGAGUUAUAGAAAAGAUGCCACAGAUUAUCAGCCUCAGUAAAGCACCUGUUGUGAAGCAUGUUGAUUUCCUCAAGGAAUGUGGUUUUUCCUCGGAACAAGUGAGAGAAAUGGUCGUGGGAUGUCCCCAGGUACUUGCUCUAAAUCUCGACAUUAUGAAGAAGAGUUUUGAGUAUUUCAAAACCACAAUGGCUAGGCCUUUGGAAGAUUUGGUCGCUUUCCCAGCUUUCUUCACUUAUGGUCUGGAGUCCACAAUAAAACCAAGACAUAAAAAGAUAGCUGAGAAGGGCUUAAAAUGUUCCCUUGCAUGGCUUCUUAAUUGUUCUGAUGAGAAAUUUGAUCAGCGGAUGAGUUACGACAUUAUUGACAUGGAAGAAAUGGAAGUAGGUGAAUCAUCCUUCGAUAUGAAUACUCUACUGGAGCCCAGAAAUGAUGAAUCAGCUUCUGAUUACGACGAUGAUUACAGUGAAGACGACAAUGUAUAGACUACUCAAGUGGAUGUUCUGUUCACUCCCCCAGAGUAUGUAAAUGCUAACUAUUUCAAAUUUUCUGAGUUUUGAAUGGCCAUGAAGGUGGCCAAUGGGGUUUAUCAAACUGAAUAUAGGAAGGGGGAUAUACUGAUUGUUGUUGGUCCCAAUUUCUGAAAUGCAUCUUAGAAGUUAGAACUAAGCUUAGUAGUAAGACAACAGUAUUCCACUACCAUGCAUGUUGCACAAUUUUACUACUUCUGUUCAAAAUCUUAAAGAAAAAGAAGCUAAUAAGAAAAUUAUUGUAACUAACAAUAUCUUCAACUAACGCAUACAAGGGUGUGGCCUUGUGGUCAAUGAAGCGGUUGAGAACCCUGAGGUCUGAGGUUCAAGAUCUGUCUUAGCCUUGGUGGACAGAGUUAUUUGAUACCGAUUGCUAGUGGGAGGUGGUAGGUAUCCGUGGAAUUAGUUGAGGUGCGCGAAAGUUAGCUUAGACAUCACGGUCAUAAAAAAAAAUAUAACACAUCUUCAAUAACUCCUUUGGGACCUCAAGAGCUUUACAGCAUGUUGUUAUUGAUUCUUAAUCCUCAAUUUGUUUAGUUACAAA